CUUCUUAUCUCGACUCCGGAUCGCGCAGCUGCCGCUUAGAUCGCCGUAUUUUCUUCUUCUUUUUCCCUUUCUUCUUUUCUUCUUUUCUUCUCACCUGCCUCUUGUCAGCCUCUACGGCACAAAUCCGCCGCCAUGGUGCUAAACGUCUUUCGCAUUGCUGCGGAUUUCUCGCAUUUGGCGAGUAUCUUCAUUUUGCUGCACAAAAUGGUGCAGCUCAAGAGCUGCUCAGGCAUCUCGUUCAAGUCGCAAGGGCUGUAUCUGCUCGUAUACCUCACUAGAUACCUCGACCUCUUUUCAACCAACAGCAUCUACAACUUCAUCUUCAAGAUUCUCUUCAUCGGCUCUCAGGGCUACAUCAUCUACCUCAUGACCCAGGCCUACAGGCCCACCAACGAUGUCAACGUCGAUACCUUCCGCGUGCAAUACCUCCUGGGCGGUGCUGCUGUCCUCGCCGUCGCCUUCCCGUACUAUUACACACCUGCCGAGAUCAUGUGGGCCUUUUCCAUCUGGCUCGAGUCCGUGGCCAUCCUGCCGCAGCUGUUUAUGUUGCAGCGCACAGGCGAGGCGGAAACGAUCACGACCCAUUACCUCUUCGCCCUUGGACUCUACCGCGCCCUCUACAUUCCCAACUGGAUCUACCGCUACAUCGCGGAACCCAACCACAAGGUGGACUGGAUCGCCAUUGUCGCCGGCAUUAUCCAGACAGUUCUCUACAGCGACUUUUUCUACAUCUACUACAACAAGGUUCUCAAGGGCAAGAAGUUCAAGCUGCCCGUCUAAAGGGCAAGUAGCUUUUGCGGGGUGCUUCAUAAAAGGGGAGGUGACGAUGUUGCCUUGCGUCAGGGCAUGGGAAAAGUCAUUACCUCGGAGUCUAUUCGAGUGAUGAAAUCUUCACGGCAGACCGUGGUGAGGACUUGUUGGUCGCCGCAAGCAAGGGAGCUCUACAGCUACGACAACAAUCUAUGGGAAGAAUCAAGUUUCAAGGGGGGCAAUGAUUGCAUCGGCGGCGUUUGAUGGUAUGCUCGGUUUGAGGCAGUAAGGGAAAGGGCGUCAUCUCUUAAUAUGGGGAUUCCGUGAGUUUGGGCCAUGUACUCGUACGUUGUGGACAAAAAAUUAGAGGGCAAUCAAUUGAAUGUGUUUGAAUUUGG